AUGGGGGCGGUCACUGUCAUCACGGAAUGGGCGGUUUCAAAUUUGCAGGGGGUACAAGCCCCGGAAAUCCCCGCCACAUUUGCCACUCGAGGACACAUCGAUGGGAUGAAUAUGCUUGAACUCAACCGCGUGGGGGGGAUGGUGUGGGUUGGGCGGCCUCUCUUGUUGCUCUGGGGCUUCACCGCGCUGUGUUUACUUAGUACGUCUAUGCUGGAUGUUGAACCGGCGGGGUACACCUAUACUGCGUUUCGCGUACCUGUGGUUCCGUGGUACAAAACGUCCUUAAGUGCGGGCGAAAAGACGAGGCUAGUGUACAUUUUGAACGAUGUGUCUACAAUCUGGACCAAGCAAUACACGCUACAUUACGCCCCCAUGAGCAGCUCGCUCGUGUGGCUCACAACUGUGAUUUUGACUCAAGUGAAUCCGGUGGUGCAUAACGUCAUUGUCGACCCGAAGUGCAAACUCGAACAAAUGAACUUUCAAAUGGUGUGUCAGCGUGGAGUUGUGGUGAUUGGGAGCUCAUCGCGACUGGCGUGGUUGGUCGGCAUCAUUUGCAUCAGCAGUGCCGUGAGCUACGUCGUCAUCCGCGUGGUGUAUGGGUCGCCACUGCAAACCAAACCAUGCAGUUCGUUGUUGCUAUGUUCCGGGGCCAAGUACCUAUUUGAUAAGCGCCGUUGGACGUACCGAGAUGGACGCCGCAUCGGCAUUGCUCAAUGGUCUGUUAAGUGUCGGAAUGGCAACACCAGCUACGUCGUGGAUAUUAAGUUGUGGCGGAGUUUUGCCAUUGACCUCGACGACGACCUGCCGCCACGCAUUUUCUACGCCGUGCCCCUGGCAGACUGA